UUUAAAAAAUGCAGUUGCUGGUGCGCAAUUUGCUCUCUCUCUUCACAAGCAACCUCUCACGUGAGUGAUCCAGCUUUGCAUUAAUUACUUUUCGGGUUUUCGUUCGGAUCUUUUAUUGCCCGGAUCUAUUCAAUGCACUGCAGAUCCAGGACUAUAGUUACCGCACUGUACAAAUAAUUAGUUCAAGGGACUCUAGUUGCAGAACUGCAGAUCCGGGACUAUAGUUACAGCACUGUACAAAUAAUUAGUUCAAUAUACUCCUGUUUUGAGAAUUUGAGGGUUUAGUUGUGAAAUAUGAGCUGUGGAGUAGUUACUGCAGAAGAGUUUGAUUUGGUCGGGGAUAAUGGAAUAUUUUCAGUUAAUUGUGAAAGUGACGAUUCUGUUGGGUAAUUCUGCUUGUUUUACAGUUUGGAGGUGCUAAAUUUGGUGAACGUGAUUAGGGUUUGUUUUUGUUUAUAGGAUUUUGUGAAUUUCGGUUGUUAUUUGCUUCACAUUUUGAUGUGGAACUGGUUGCAUUCCGAGCAAUUUUAUGCUUUUGAGGUGUGAUUUGCGGAUUUGGAAUUGCAAUUUAAAUUAUUUGUGGGUUCUUCGUAAUGGUGUCAUUUUGACUUCUCAAUGAUACGGCGCAAAUUUGGUGCGGGUUUUGAUUGUCCGAAUGGUAGAGGAAUUUCGGGGUCUAGUUAAGUUUAGCCGAAAUGUUUCUUGUAGUUCUCACCAUGUGCUUCCUAGAGUUUGGAUUUUAGGAGGAAUUUGAUUGAAAAUUUAUUACGUGAAUCAAAUUGCGGAUACAGAGAUGCCUCCAUCCCCGGCAACAAGAUUUUCUCCAAGGAGGGAGCUGAGGGCUGAGAAUCACAAGAGAGGACGUAGUCUUGAGAGUGUGAUCCUUAGUAAAGAGAAAGAUGAUGAUCUUGAUCUGUUCAAUGAGAUGCAGAACAAAGAAAAAGAGAAUUUCUUGCUUCAGUCAAAUGAUGACUUUGAAGACGCCUUCUUGACAAAAUUAAGACACUUUUCGGAUCAUAAGGGCAGAAUCACCAUUCCUGGUCGGGGAGAGAGUAGCGACCUGCUCAAUGCAGAAGGAGAUAAAAAUGAUUAUGAAUGGUUAAUAACUCCUCCGGAGACCCCACUUUUUCCUUCUUUGGAUGAUGAGACACUACCGGUUAAUGAUGUACAGAGGGGCAGGCCGAGGAGUCAACCUGUUUCAAUCUCAAGUUCAUCUACUAUGGAGAGGAGUUAUAGAAGCAAUAGAGGAAGUGCAAGUCCCCAUCGCCUUAGCCUAUCUCCUCAGUCUGGAAAUAGUAUAUCACAAUCAAGGAGCAGGCCAUCUUCAGAACCUCAUUUAAGUCCUCCGCCUAGAUUGAAGCAUCCGGCUUCUGUAAGGAGACCAUCUCCCCCACCAAGUAAGCCAUCUGCACCUGCUGUGCGGUCUAGUUCACCAAAUCCUGGGAGGAUGAGCACUGGUUCUGCUGCACCAUUACGGAUGAAAGGCAACUCCCCUGCCAAGACAAGUAGAGGGAAUUCCGCUUCACCCAAAAUAAGGGCAUGGCAAUCUAACAUUCCAGGCUUUUCAUCAGAGGCACCUCCUAAUCUUCGUACCUCACUGGCUGAUAGGCCAGCAUCAUAUGUGAGGGGAUCCUCCCCAGCAUCUAGAAAUGGCUCCAGAUCUGGCCGAGAAUCAAUGUCUCCAACUGCUACCAGCAGUGUCAGUUCCCCAUACACUCCUGACCGGUACAUGUUUAGUUCCCAUAGCAAAGGUUCAGUUGCAUCGUCUGGUGAUGAUGACCGAGAGUCUAUAAAAUCAAUACCUAUUACCAGCUCAGACCACUCAGCUCCAAGGAACGUAGGUGCUAUCCCAAAUACUAGAGCUCUGGGCUACUCUAAGAAGCCAACUAAAAUUGUGUCUAGUUCUGCUCCAAAAAGAUCCUUUGACUUGGCACUUCGACAAAUGGAUCAUCGGAAAGGUCCUCAAAAUAUGUUUAGGCCGCUUUUGUCCAGUGUCCCCAGUUCUACAUUCUAUGCUGGAAAAGCAAGUGCAUCCCAUCGUUCUAUGAUAUCCAGAAAUUCUUCAAUCACCACUAGCAGUAAUGCCAGUUCUGAUCAAGGGACAAGUGGUGCUCAUGAUACUGAAGAAAGUGAGCAAAACCAAGAUGAUGUAACCAGUGAAUGUGUAAAGGAACAGUAUCCAGAGGUGCACGACGAAAUAUUUGUCUUCGAUCAGGUUGAUGCUUUAAAUGAAGGUGUUGGGCAGAAAAUCUACAAGGGAUCACCUAAGAGUCAAUAUGAUGAAUUUGUUGUCAACUCUGUGGACAAUUCUCAGUUUGUUGUGGAUGAGAGUUGCAGCCAGCUUGAUACUACUAUAGAUGUUCCCACAUCUGCUGUUGUCUUGGACGGGAAAGGUGAUUAUUUUGAUGCCGAUGAUCUCGAGGACUUGGCAAUAUGCUCAAAGUGUGGCCAGAAAUUGAAUUCCACGGAGAUGUUAAUGGAAGGAGAACAAAAAUUUUGUCCGGAAUGUAGAAGUUUGGAAGCACCUUUAACUUUAAAUACUCUUCCAAUGGUCAUGAUGGCUGGUGAGAACGCUUUAGGAGAUUCAGUGAAGAUUCUACAACAUGGGUCAUUUGAGGCUUUGGAGUGCUCUGCACUAAUUUCAGAACCAUUGCAAGUUAUAAGUGUUGGUGAAGCCAGGAAUGAUCAUCAUGAUGAGAUUUCCAACGAGGGUCAACACUGUAGUGUGAAUUUCUCACUAGAUAAUUCACUUGAAGUGUCGGACGUGGAAGAAGUUGAGCUAAAUGCCAAGAAACAAGAAAUGGGUCUACCAACUGAUGGUGACACUGGCCAUCAGCAGUCAGAGCAUGGACGGGUUGAUCCUAAUUUAGAAGUUAAUGUUUCAGAAGGUGCAGGUAUAUCUGUACUGUUUAAGAGAUCAAGCAGUGGCAAAGGACACAUUGUUCAAAGCAAGAGUUUCUCAGCAACUAACAUCAACUUUGAUUGUUUCUCCCGUGUGACAGACAGGAUAGACAGCAUGAGAAGCUCCUUUGGGCAUGGCAGUACAUCUGUUUCGUCUUCUGUUGACCUGGGGUCGUCUAGGCAAAUAGAGACUCGUAUUCAACGGCAAUUAAGUAGUAGUAAAUCGGAUAUAGAAAAUUACAGAUAUGAGAUGCCUAUGAAGCACAAACGCUCCAUAUCUUCCUUGACUGGUGCUUCAAGUCAUGCUUUGAAAGUCCUAAGUGUCACAGCAAACUCUCAUGAAGAUAGUUUUGAGGUAGUUUCUGUCAACGAAGAAAAAGAUUUCAGGGAGCCAACAUGCACAGAUCCUCGUGAACUAUCAUUGCCUUCAGAAUUUACAGAAAACGAAAGUACCUCUGCUAAUGUUGAAAGCAACAAGAAUUUUAUAAUUAACUCAGAAUUCUCAGGACAUGUGAAGAACAUCCAUCCAGGAGAUACUCCCUCUGUGUCAGUUUCAGAUUUUGAAGAGCCACCAUCAAAUGAGGAUGGUGAGAAUGUGUCAAAGAAUUCUAGUAAUCCCAUGUAUACAGAAGCAUCAUCCACCCUUCCCAAGAGUUACACACAAGAGGAAGAUGCCAUGCCAAAUAUAUAUGCUGAUUGGGUGGAUGUGGGAGAGCUUCCUAAUCGAAGCUCUUUGGAUGCUAUAUCAGAAAUUGAAAUUAAGAAUGGUGAUACUGGUUCUCCUGAUUCACAAUCUGAUAUUGAUUCCACUGAUUCAAAGAGCUACAUUAAUGAGUUGCAGGAUUCUCCUGUUCUGGCCGCAUCCAAUUACAUUAUAACAGCAUCUGUUAAAGACCCUGACCCCUCAGGUCAUGCAUGUGACAUCCUUGAGGAAUCAACUGUCAUGCUAGAUAACCGAGGAGGAAUGCAGGCUAGAAGCCUGACCCUAGAAGAAGCAACAGAUACCAUACUCUUCUGCAGCUCCAUUGUCCACAAUCUGGCUUAUGAGGCUGCAAAUAUAGCAAUAGAGAAAGAAAACUCGGUCCCGUUGGUAGAUUUGCAGCCAACGGUAACAUUUUUCGGGAGGGCCAAUGUUGAUAGAAGGGAUAUACAUUCCAGAGCAAUGGGAAAACGUACUACUAAGUCCCAGAAAGCUCGACUGAAGAAAUUGGAAACAGUUAAAAAACUUCCUCCAGAGAGCAACAUUGAAAGUGAUGGGAAAACCGAUAAGGAUGUUACAUGUAUUGUUGAAGUUCCGAAUACAGGUGAUAGCACGAGACUUCCGAAGCUGGAGUCGAAAUGCAAUUGCACAAUAAUGUGAGCGGGUCGAGCUUAUUUGCAGGAGAGGAAUGCUUUUUUCUUCUUGUUGUAAUUGUUCUGUAAGAAGUACGUCGUUUUAGUGAUUAUAAACAUUGUAAAGUCGUAAUUUUUACUAGGCUGAUGGUAGUGAACGGAGUUGGAGAUUAUGGACUGCUCCAAUUGCCAUAUUCUUAUUUGAUAUUAUUCAUUUUUAAUUUGGUGAAGUUCCUCAAUUAAGUGUGAA